GCUCGCUACCUGUGCGCGCAGGGCGAGCGAACUCCCACAGCUUGCCACUUUACACUGUAGAUGAAGAGGAAGAGGAAUAAAGAGAUAUAACGUCUUAGCUUGUGAUGCUCGUUCUGUUGUCGCUCUCUGCUGUUGCUUCGUUGCUUUUCCUUCCUUCUUGCUUGCUAGCCUUGUACAAUCUACACUUCCGAAUUAAGCGCCGUCUUGCUAUUCGCUCUGUUAUUUUCUGUCCCAGAAGCCAUGCUAACCGCCUUUAAAAGGGACCAGUAUCCGCAUUUUCGCCGCUUGUAACGAGAAGGGAACAGUUGCCGUGGAACCCUGAAGAUAACUAGCUGACACUAUCAUCUCUUCCCUGCACCGGAGACCCGCUUGCUGGCUGCCUUGAACCACCAUGGCUGAAGGCACAUCCAUAUCCGCGACCCCGGCUGACGAAACACACGAGACGAACCCCCCUGCUUUACACGCCAUUCGUCUGAAUGACGUCUCAGGCCUUGCAGGUCGGCCUACGCCUCUGCCACGGAAACUCUUCCUUAGGCGGCGAUCCGAGCUCUUCAACGGGGCUGGCGCUAAUAGACUAACGGGAGGUGAGGGUGAAGAGGAUGAUGACGAUGAAGAUGAUGAGGAUGAGGAUGAUGAUGUUGAAGAUAUAUACCCUAACGGCAGCUCCACCUACGGCACCGACGAGGAUGAUUUUGUAGCCGUUAACCAUUCGGAUGCCUCGGAUUAUCCUUGGUAUUUGCGGUCCCGGGUACCAGCAAGAAACUCGGAGCUAGCUAAACUCCACCCAUACGUGCAGCUGCUCUCCGUCUCGGAUCUUGACGACUGUGAAAAGGUCGAACUGGCGUUCCCUGAGUCUGAAAGGUGUUCAAGAGAAAACGUAAGACCCGAUUCCCUGUGUCCCCUACCACCCGUUUCCCUCGAAACAUGUUACUAAUUAGUGAAUUCAUUCUUAGUUGACUUAUCGCCUCUCAAAAUGCCCCGAGCUCUCUCUUGGAAUCUUCUCCAUCCCACCGGCUACUGCAGACAAUGAGAAACCUAGGCCCGUGGUCAUUGCUCACCUUCUUGCAACGAGAACAACAUCGCCUGUGAUUACAAAUGCGACGAUGGGGGUUCCUAAGGAUUGGAGAACUAAAAAGUCUACUCUACCAAGCCCGGGCGAAGAGGAGCCUGUCGGCCACCAAGACCAGGGAUCUACCAUAGCCAUCCAUUCCCUCGCCGUCCUCCCUGAGCACCAGGACAAGGGUCUCGGCAAAACGCUGAUAAAGUCAUAUAUCCAACGCAUCCAGGAUGCGAAAAUUGCUGAUCGACUUGUCUUGCUUUCCCAUGAUCAUCUUAUUCCUUUUUACACUGGUCUUGGAUUUGAGAACGUUGGGCGCAGCAAAUGCACUUUUGGCGGCGGGGGUUGGAACGACAUGGUCCUUGAUCUCAGCAAGGCUCCCAACUAAGCUUUACAACUGCUAUUUUCCAUCUUCGCCUUUUCUAUUUUUGCUGAUGGGGGUUUCUGACUUGACAUGGGUGAAGCAUUGCUCAUUCUUGCAUCCGGAUGGCUUUUGCAAUUUUUUUGGGUGGUCGGUCGUGGUGGUGUGCAUGCAUCAUUAUCUAUAUCAGCUCUAUACCUAAACGUCGGGGUGUCCCUAGUGAUGGUUGGAAAAGCAUUGCUACGUGUUAUGGGAUAUUAUGAACACGCUGCACAUACAAGGGGAGAAAAAGGAUGAAACUGUAUCAUAGCAACAGCAAUAAUAUCAAUGUUCAAAUACACCAGAGUGCCCUGUAGAUUUAACGCUCGUCUUGAGUGUCAUCAUCCCUUGGACUCUCCAAAGAGCAACAGCCACCUCCCAACAUUGAAUAUGAUAUUUGGACACUCGCCUCUACAUAUGGCUAAUAACUGGAUUAUCUCCUGUCUUGCAGCCUUCGCAGCCUCCAACAAGUUGCUUUGAGGAUGUUCAAUAUUGUUCAAUUUGUUGUUGUCGCCAUAGAAAAAGGGGAAGGUCGUUGGAUCGCGAACAAUGUUCUGAUUAUGUAACUCAACGGAAUGAAGAUAUUACUUCACCGAUACAAAUGUCACGUGGGAGGCUAAACCUGCCGCACAGAGCUGCCAAGGCCCC